CGUCGUGCUUGUCGACAACCAUACGAUUUGUAAACAAGAUUUCGAAGUCCUCAUUCCAAAUCUUGACAUUUUCUACCUAAAAUGGAUCCUGUUGCACUCCAGAAACAAAUAAGGGACAAUUCUGAAGACUUGACCCAGUUCUUGGGAGACCUGAAGAGCUGGCAGGAGCAGAUAAAGCAGAAAGAGCAAGCGUUGAGCAAAGGCGGCAAAGAUUGCGAGACCGAAAUUCCACCAGUUAGAAGCAAGAAGAAUAAAUUAACUAAGGACGUGAAGUUGGAAGAAAAGGCUACCAGCAGCAAGAGCAUGUCAAAUUCAGAUUUUUUGAAAUAUGAUCUUGAAAAGGCGACUGCACAGUACAACAAUGAACGGCAAGGGAAACCUCUUCAAGACUCAAUCUCGGAAGCUGAGAGACAAAAGCGUCUUGAAGAAGCUAAUUUCGAGAAAGAGAAUGGAAACACGAAUGUAAAAAAUAAAAAGUGGAAAGAGGCCAUUGAGUGCUACUCAAGAGCAAUCUCGCAUGAUGACAAUAAUCCAAUUUUCUUUGCCAAUCGAGCUCUGUGUUACUUGAAAAUCGAAAGGUAUGAAGAGGCUUCCAAGGAUUGCACAGCUGCCCUGGAACUUGAUCCCAACUACGUGAAGGCUUAUUUGAGGAGAGGCUCUUCGUACAUCAGUCUGAACGAGCCAGAACACGCUAUUACUGAUCUCUCAAUGGCUGUAAAACUGGAACCAGCCAACAAAGAAGCUAGGAAGUGCUUGUCCGAGGCCAAAAUGUUGAAGACGAAGCUUGAAGCAAGGGAUAAUUCAACCAUAGUUGCUAUCAGCAAAGCACACCAUGAAAGAUCCAAAGCCCCAUUGAAAAGGAUUAAUAUUGAAGAAAUUGGGAAGAAUGUUAAACCGGAGGUGCUAGAGAAAGAACAGGAGAUCACUGAAAGACCAACAAGCUUGAAACUGUCCCGCUCCAGCAACUCCGUCUCAUCUCCAAGGUCAACACCACGCACUCCAGUCACACCUCUCGAGAAGCAAUUUCUGACUGAAGUUCCGGAAGCCCCAACAAAUUCUGUCCAGUUCCUGGUCUCGUGGGGUCAGCUCAGGCCAGAAGAUCAUUACAAAUACCUCUCAAAAAUACCUGGAGGUUCGCUGCCCAAAAUCUUUGGCGAUUCCUUGGAAAGUGGAAUUUUAAGUGAGGUCCUGAAGGCUCUCAGCUCGGCAGAAGAAGCAGAUCUCAUUUCUGAGUAUUUGAACGGCCUGUCUGAGACCAAUCGCUUUUCAACUCUUUCCCUUUUCAUGGGCGCCGAAGACAGAAAUGUUGUUACCAGUCUCAUCCAAAAGGCAUUGGAGUGCAAGCACAUUACCAAAGAGGAGGCAGAGGACCUCAGGAAGAAGUUUGCGGUUUGAUUCAGUCUGACAGUUAAGGUAAAGAGAAAAAUGUUUGGAAAAGACAAUUAAAACAGUCUACAUUUGUACAACAUUUUUUAUUAUUUUGGUAUAAAUACAUUUGUUCAUAAAUUUCACAUGAUCGGUGAUAAAGAGAGCGACAUUAUAUUAAAAGUAUUUUUUUAUGUUU